CGUACGGCGCAGGCUUCACAGUAGCCUCCCAGUUUUCCUUUCCACAGAACCAGAAACCAUUCUGCUUCCUUCCUCUUCAAGAAACCUACUCCAUCUCUCUCUCUCUCUCUCGUCGUUGUUCGUUACCGUCGCCGGAAAAUCAAAAAGCUUUAGCUCCAUGGAAAAAGAUCGGUCUAAGAUGUCUGGUGGCUCAAAAAGAGAAACUGAGACUGAUAAUUUCAAGAAGUAUGAAGACUUCUAUUAUGCAGAACUGAAACGUGGUCGCAUAAGAGUUAAAGUUUCUGGUUCUAGAUCUAAGUACAGAUGUCCAUACUGCUCCGAGAGUGGGAAGGAGGAUUUCCAAUUUAAGGAGCUUCUCCGACAUGCUUCUGGUGCGGCGAGAUGCUCAAAGAAUUGGAGCAUAAAAGAAAGGGGAAAGCACUCAGCUCUAGAGAGGUACGUGAAGAAGUACUUUUGUGAUGAGGAUCGACCUCAACCUCUUAGUCAGGAGAGGCACAAGAACAAAUAUGUUUGUGCUGAGGAUCAACCUCAACCUGCCCAAGAGAGGCACAAGAACAAGUAUGUUUGUACUGAGGAUCAACCUCAACCUCUCAGCCAUGAGAGGCACAAGAACAAGUAUGUUUGUGCUGAGGAUCAACCUCAACCUAUCAGCAAUAAGCAGCACUACGAUCAUGAUCAGUUGUUUGUCUGGCCUUGGAUGGCUAUUGUAGCAAACAUACAAACAGUGAUAAAAGCGGGACGACAUGUUGGGGAAAGUGGUUCCAAACUUCGAGAUGAAUUUACCCGACAAGGUUUUAAUCCUUUGAAGGUUCAUCCAUUGUGGAACCGCUUUGGUCAUUCUGGAUUUGCAGUUGUUGAGUUUAACAAGGAUUGGGAUGGUUUUAGAAAUGCUAUAAUGUUUGAAAAGAGUUUUGAAGUUGACCAUCACGGGAAGAGGGACUAUAAUGUUUCAAGGCACCGAGGAGAGAAACUAUAUGGUUGGGUGGCAAGAGAUGAUGAUUACUAUUCAAAAAGCAUUUUUGGGGAUUAUCUUCAGAGGAAUGGGGACUUGAAAACUGUAUCGGGUAAAGAGGCUGAAGAUAAUAGUAAAGCAUUAAAGCUCUUCUCAAACUUAGCUAAUACACUAGAAACUAAGAAUCUACACCUGAAAGAGAUCGCUCACAAAGUUCGAGCGACUAAUGCGUCCCUGACUAAUUUGAUGGAUCAGAUGGAUGAGACAGUUAAAACUCACAAUGACAAAAUUAGAAGGAUGCAGCAGGAUGAACAGGAUCGUUUUAAACAUAUUGUCUCAGAGCACGAAAAAGUUAAACUAAAAUUGGAAAAUCAGAAGAAGGAGCUUCAGAAACGUGAACAUAGUCUGCUUCAUCGUGAGGCUAAAAAUGAUAAUGAGAGGAGGAAGUUGUAUCAGGAGAAGAAAAUGAAUGCAAGGGCCACUUUGGAGCAAAAGAAGGCAGAAGAUGAAGUCUUGCACUUAGCUGGGGAACAAAAGAAAGAGAAGGAGAAGCUUCACAAAAAGAUACUAGAGCUGGAGCAGAAACUUGAUGCUAAACAAGCAUUAGAGUUGGAAAUUGAGAGGUUGAAGGGUUCGUUAGAAGUCAUGAAACACAUGAAUGAGGAUGAUGAUGAUGCCAAGAGAGAAAUGGACCAGAUUCAACAAGAUUUGGAUGAGAAGGAAGAAGAAUUUGAAUACUAUCAAAACAUCAAUCAAAACCUCAUCAUCAAAGAGCGUAGAACAAACGAUGAAGUUCAAGAGGCGCGUAAAGAAUUGAUCAAUGUGUUUGGAGGUACGUCGAACCGAGCCGCUAUUCGUGUCAAGAGAAUGAGAGAUCUUGACAGCAAACCAUUCUGCGAAGCCACAAAGUUGAAGUAUGUCAAGGAAGAAGCAGAAGCGAAAGCAGUAGAGUUGUGUUCACUGUGGGAGGAUCAAAUUCGUGACCCUAGCUGGCAUCCUUUCAGGAUUAUAGAGGGCGAUGGAGGACAAGCUAAGGAAAUUAUAGAUGAAAAUGAUGAGAUGUUAAAAGGUUUGAAGAAUGAGUAUGGAGAUGAAGUUUACGAGGCUGUCGUGACAGCGUUGAUGGAAAUGAACGAGUAUAACCCUAGUGGUAGAUAUACUGUGUUGGAUCUUUGGAACUUUAAAGAGGGAAGAAAAGCGACAUUAAAGGAAGGUGUAGCUCAUAUUCUGAAGCAAUGGAGACUGCAUAAAAGAAAGAAAAGCUAAAGGCAAGUCCGAUUUUGAUCCCCCUUUCAGUUGCAGCCCUUUCAGGCUGAGUUAUUGGCUAUUCUCGAAGGUGUCCGUUUUUGCUGACCAAAACCAAAUAACUCACCUUACUGUGGAGUCUGGUUCUCUGAUGGCAAUCCAAUCUCUCUCUGGUAUGACUGAAAUCCCUAAAGGAAGAAAGCAAUUGAAAUUUCUCGAUCUCCUUUGUGCAUGUUAGUCAUAGCAAAUUGCUUAUCCAAGAGAGCAAUUUGCUAUUGUUUCAAUUUCUAAGAAAGGUGCUUUGACCGUUGAGUUAUAUUGAUAUUGGUAGUGUUUUUAAAAUGCAGAGUGAUCUCUGAUAUAUAGGGCAUUGUUUUAACUUCCUAUUGUUUCAAAUUUUAAUUUAUCCCCAAUGUGCAGGUUUAUUUCAUUAACUCAUUUUUUUACUGGAGAAAAAAAGAAAAGAAAAGAAAAAUCUAUAAUAAUAUAAAUUGAAUACGAAUUAAAAAAAUGAAAUGAGGUUUCUUCAUAUUCAGGCCUAGUUAUUUUACAUUUUGUUUAGAGUGUGUUUAUGCUCGUGCUACUAGCUGGGAGCCUGAGAUAGCAUUUGUUGUAGCUCCUUCAUGUUGAUAAGCUAUGAUGUGGUUUGUUGAUGAGGUUUGUAGUGUUUUCUUUGCUAUUUGUCUAUUUUAAGUUGCGUAGUUGACUUUCUUGUUGGUGUUUUACGUGCCUUGAUAGGAUUUUAA